AUGGGACUUCGAAGGACAGCUAUUCCUAAAAUAGGUAGCGGGGAAGCUGAUGUCUCGUAUCCAGCAACAGUUCCUGGUGGAGUUUAUAUGGCCCUUUACAAUAACCACGUCAUCAAUGACCCCUAUGCAGGGUUUAAUGAUGUUGCCUAUCGAAACAUUGGAAAGAAAAAUUGGAACUUCACCAAAAACUUUAACAUAACUGAGUCUGUUGUUGCCUCCAAGAAUAUUGCUCUGGUAUGUCUGGGAAUCGAUACUGUGGCUCAAAUCUAUAUAAAUGGAUUUCAUGUGAGGAAUACUUCCAAUAUGUUUGUUCGUUAUGUGACUGAUGUGAAAAAAUAUGUUGUGGUUGGUACCAAUACAAUUACUGUCGCCUUCACAUCUCCUGUGACUGCUGCUAACAAAGAGAAUGACAAGCUUCCUUACACUGUCCCACCAAAUUGUCCAAAUCCUAAACAAAAUGGAGAGUGUCACAUUAAUCUCCUCCGAAAGAUGCAAGCAUCCUUCAGCUGGGACUGGGGGCCAGCUUUUCCAACUCAGUCCAUUUGUCAAUUUUGUCUUGAAGAUAAUGAUGACUGGUACAUGGAAGUUGUAGUCUUCUUUGACAACAGAGCCAGAAUCCCUGUGAAAGGCAAGCUGUCUAUUCACAUGUCAGAACUGAAAGUCAUGCUUACCUCUAAUAUAGACUUGACAACAGAUUCUGAUCAACUGAAAACCAUCAUUAAAAUACCAAAGGAAGUUGUGGUUGAGCCGUGGUGGCCACAUGGCUAUGGCAAAGCUCGCUUGUACACUCUCAACGUGAUUUUCACAUCUGACAAGGAUGAAGAACCAUCUGCAAAACAAAUAAAGAUUGGAUUCCGUACAGUGGAACUGAUACAAACUCCAGUGACAAAGCGAGCGUCUGAUGGCCUGACAUUCUACUUCAAGAUCAAUGGAAUCCCUGUAUUCUUCAAAGGAUCCAACUGGAUACCAGCUGAUAGCUUCCAAGAACGUGUAACACCAGCACGUAUCAGGAAUCUUUUUCAGUCUUUAGUUGAUGCCAAUCAAAACUCUAUGCGUGUAUGGGGAGGAGGUGUCUACGAAAGUGAUGAAUUCUACCAGAUUGCUGAUGAAUUUGGUGUGAUGAUAUGGCAGGACUUUAUGUUUGCUGUAGCUCUCUACCCAGACUCUCCAGACUUUCUGGCAUCUGUCGAAGAUGAAGUUGUUUAUCAGGUAACACACACACACAGUUUGUUUUUAUUUUCCCUGUACUUUCUCUUCUUUCCUCAUGGAGUUUUACUUCAUUUUUUUUUCAUUGUUCUUUAUUCUACCAUUCUCUGCUUCUUUUAUUCUGUCCUUCUUUUAUUCUGUUCUAUCACUUGUCUCUUAAAUUUUCUUUUACCAUAUUGCUUACAUGGUAUGAAUUUUCACUUGCUUUUAGUAAUUGUAUCUUUUUCUUUCUCUUUCCUCAGGUUCCCUAUCAGCUUAGAACAUAACAAGAAAUAUCGGGAAGCCUACAUCAAGCUAUAUGUAAACACAAUUGGUACUAAUGUCACAAAGGAAGAUAACAGCCGUCCAUUUGUGACAUCAAGCCCUUCAAAUGGAGUUAAAACGAAAUUAGAUGGAGGCAUUUCUCCCAAUCCUGCUGCUCAAAAUUAUGGCGACAUUCACUUCUAUGAUUAUAUAAGUGAUCUCUGGCUUGAUUCCAGUAUUCCAAUACCACGCUUUGCAUCAGAAUAUGGUAUCCAGUCGUGGUGUUCUUACUCUUCAUUGGUGCCUUUGUUAAACCAAUCAGCUCUGAAGUAUUGGAGUAACUUUACUCUUCACAGACAACAUCAUUUAGCAGGACAAUUGGAAAUGGAAGCAGAAAUUUUGCAACACUUUGACCUUCCACCCUCUUCAAAGAAAUUCAAGCAUAAAACAUUUCAAGAUAUUAUAUACCUUACACAGAUAAACCAAGCGAUGUCAAUACGAUUUGAGACAGAAAGCUAUCGUAGACAUCAAAGUGAAGUGAUCAAUGGAUUUGGAUUAACUAUGGGCGCCCUCUAUUGGCAACUAAAUGAUAUUUGGCAAGCUCCAACUUGGUCUUCUAUUGAAUAUGAUGGAACAUGGAAGAUGCUUCAUUAUUAUUCUAAAAAGUUCUUUUCCCCUGUUUUGAUAUCACCAUAUUUUGUUAAUGAAAAGAUGCUUUAUAUAAAUAUUGUUGUGGACAGUAUUCCAAUCAAAGAACACAGAAGGCCAGAUGGUAGCCUAGAAAUGGUUCCACUCAACAUCUCCAAAAAUAAGAAUUCAGUACUGACUGGCAUUUUACAUGUGGAGUUAUAUAAUUGGAAGAACCGAACCCCAGUGAAAAGCUGGACCCAAAAAUAUAGUUUAAACAAAACUUCAGAUGUUGUUCUCAAAAUUCCUGGAUCAGAGAUUGUGGACCACAAGAAAUGUUCUCUUAAAUCAUGUUUCUUGUCUUUCUCCUUGGAUUCUGAGGGUUCUGUGCCAACAUCUUGGCUGCCGCUUGGGCGUCUUGUACCUUCAGGAGGAAUCCCAUUUGCAAAAAUAAAGAUCACCAAAGUGGUUGCUGUAAGUGGCCGAAACAAUACCUUCAAUAUUACACUUCAGAGUUCAGACAUUGCUCCAUUUGUUUGGUUAGAAGCUACUGGAAUAUCGGGGCGUUUCUCAGACAAUGGGUUCCUAAUGAUAAAGGCAAACAAAUCUGUUGAAUUCUAUGCUUGGCAAAAUGUUCAUGUGGAUCAGCUGAAGACAUCAUUAACAGUGAAAUCUUUGAUGGAUGUUUAUGAAAAAAGGUAACUAGAAUAUAUAUAUAAAUGGUGAUAAAUUUUUUAAUCUACCCACAGACUUCCUUAGUUUUUGGUUUGCUUUAAAGUUUUUACACACACACACACAUAUACAUAUAUAUAUAUAUAUAUGUGCAUGUGCACACAAAUAUAUAUUUUUGUGUUCAACCAGAAACACUUGUGUAAAAAAUCUUUUGUUCAAUAAAAGAAACAAUUAACUUUAAAAAAAAUAUUCAAAAUUUUAUUUUAAAAAAUA